CCGCCUCCGCGCGCGCAGGCAGCUGCAGCGGCGGGGACGGGAGGUGAGCGCCCAUCCCCGCGGCGGCGGUGGUCGCCGCCCGUUCCCUGCAGUGGAGCAGGAGGAUGCGUCCCAGCGUCGGGCUCUGAGUGAUGGAGGGCGUCCUGUACAAGUGGACCAACUACCUGGCGGGUUGGCAGCCUCGGUGGUUUGUUUUAGACAAUGGGAUAUUGUCAUACUAUGAUUCACAGGAUGAUGUUUGCAAAGGCAGCAAAGGAAGUAUAAAAAUGGCUGUGUGUGAAAUUAAAGUUCAUGCAACAGACAACACAAGGAUGGAGCUAAUCAUCCCAGGGGAGCAACAUUUCUAUAUGAAAGCAGUUAAUGCAGCUGAAAGGCAAAGGUGGCUGGUAGCACUUGGGAGUGCAAAAGCCUGUUUAGCAGAUACCAGAACAAAAAAAGAAAAAGAAAUAAGUGAGACCAAUGAAUCUCUUAAAACCAAAAUGUCCGAGCUUCGUCUCUACUGUGAUCUUUUAAUGCAGCAAGUUCAUACAAUACAAGAAUUUGUUCACCAUGAUGAGACUCGCUCUCCUCCCAGCAUUGAGAACAUGAAUGAAGCCUCUUCCUUGCUUAGUGCCACAUGUAAUACGUUUAUCACAACGCUUGAAGAAUGUGUGAAGAUUGCUAAUGCCAAGUUUAAGCCAGAAAUGUUUCAGCUGCCUCACCAUGAUCCCUUAGUUUCUCCUGUGUCACCAUCACCUGUCCAAAUGAUGAAGCGUUCCAUUAGCCACCCUGGUUCUUGCUAUUCAGAAAGGAAUAAUCUGUCUGUAAAAGAACCAGUUUCAUCUGUUCACCGGUUUUCACAGCAGCGCAGAAGAACAUACUCAGAUACAGAAUCUUACAGUGAUGCUCCCUUUGAAGAUUCUCAAAGAUCUGCUCAUUGUUCUAGAAGUGCUGUCAAUGGAGAACUGGUAUCAUCAACCAUUCCUGAAGAAAAUAAAUCAGUAUCAAUGGAAAGAUCUGAACUGGAAGAGACUUUUUCAUCCUUUUCUUCCUGAAGCAACUGAAAGUAUUUCAUUUUCGAUAAAUAAUGCUAUGCAAAAGCUGCUGUAAUUAUACUGUUGUUACAGGAAGUAGUAAUUUCCCUUUUUAGAAGGAUUUCUCUGCACUUUAUAGAAUAACAUAAAAACUAUCUUUGAAGUGUAUUUUAUCUUUAUAUAGUUUAUUUGCAAGAGUAUUUUCCUAAUAUUUCACAGUUUGAAUGUGCAUUUUUUGGAACAAAUGGUGGCUUAACAGUUAAGCAUCCACAUUUGUAAAUGUAGCUCUUUUUAAAAAGUGUGAAGGUCAGACUGAUACAUUAGUAAACCUGCAGGUUAUAAACUUCCUCCAAGAAAAAUGAAACCUUUUUGCUGAAGUUCAACUUGUGCCAUGGGCCUCUUGGUCAUUUGUACGACGUCAUCCACAAGGAGCUGUGAUAAGCCCUCCAGUGGCUUUUUUGUCUGUGUAGCGGCUGUGGGAACAGGCACAAAUGGUUCUACUCUAGCAGCUUGGUGGUAAUUGACAUUUGCCUUCUUUAAAAACACAAGGAUAUACAUAAUCUGGUCCUUAUUUGUAGCCAAUGAAGUAGAAAUAUUUAGUGUAUUUUUCUAUGUAAAUGUAUAAAAAUAACUUAAUAUGAAGCAUUUGUACCAAACAUUGGAUAUUUAAUAAUUUUUAUUUAUUUAUUCUUUUUUGCAUCAAAAAUUUCUACCUACUUUCACUACUAAAGAUCUCGUAAAGGCUUCAAAAUGUGCGUAAGUUGUAUGUGGGGUGUGUAGUGUCAUAAGUAGCUAAUGCAGCACUAUUGAGAUUCACUCUGCUCACUUAAGAUGUGUUUUUAGCAAAGUAUGCUGGAAGCAAGAACUGAAAUAUUAGCCCAUUCAGCUGCUGUUGUAGUCAAUAUUUGUAUCUAUACUUAUUUUAUUUAUGACAUAUUUAUACAAGAGGAAGCUUCCAUUUUUGCAACUCCUUUGUAUCUUUUGAGGAUAGUAUACAGCAGGAGAUGGAUUCUGCUCUCAAUUACAUCAGUGUAAAUUUGCAUUAACUGUGAGAUCAGAGUCUGACUCUUAAUAAAUAAAUAGAAUAUAACAGUGCCUACUAGCACCUUGGUCCAUGAGGUUGUUAGUGUUAGCAUUGUAAGCUUGUGGGAAUUUGGGGGGUAUUAAUUUAGGGAUAAACUUGGUCUAUUAAGUUGUAGCUGUAGAGCACAUUAAGCCAUUUACUGUGUUUGAUUUACAUAAUUGCUAAGUAAAUGUACAAGGUUUUUUGCACUCAAGCACAUACCAAAAUCUUUUUGUAUAAUCAAAUCUUCUUUAAUUUGGUUUAACUAAUUUUCCUUUUGUGUUUAUGAAUAGUUCAGUGGUUUUGAAGCAGGCUGGAAAGGACAGAUGAGAAUGGAUGGAAGGUUUCCUUAUAAAUUUCUGAAAUAAUGAUUUAUCUAUAACAAAAUAGGUCCAAAUUUUGAGGAAAAAUAUAUGAGCUGUUGUCCCAUGUAUAAAAUACCAGUUUAUCAACCAUUAUAUCAGGAUCAGAUGGAAUGGAAUAAUUCGUACAAGUGAAGUUGCUUGUGGAUACCAGCUCAGAGCUGUCAUCUGUGCUCAGUUCUGUCAGUUUUCAUGCAACUAGCAUAUGCAUAUCAGCCACACACAUGCUUGUACUUUUUGUUUUCUGAAUGUUUGCUUUAAUGUAUUUUGUACUACCCAAUAAUUGUAAAAAUAAGUAUUAAAAAAAGAAUGUUCAGAGAAGUAAAAUACAUAUUGCAAUGA